CUCUCUCUCUCUCUCUCUCUCCCCGCAUACAAAACGUACACCAAAAAGACAAACCUAAAAAAAGAAAAACACAAUGACUUCCACUAUUCAUCCCAACAAAACAUGGCUUGUAUUCAUCUUCUUCUUCAUCAUUUUCUUGGUCUCCACCUCGUGUUCAGCUCAAACCUACAAUGUCUUGUCUUACGGAGCCAAACCCGACGGCAUAACCGACUCGACAAAAGCCUUCAUGCAGGCGUGGGCCAACGCAUGCGGCUCGGCUCGACCCGUAACCAUUGUCGUUCCCAAGGGCCGGUUCAUGCUACGAAGUGUAGUCUUCGACGGCUCAAAAUGCAAGACCAAGCCAAUCACCGUUAGAAUAGACGGAACUCUGGUGGCUCCGUCGGAUUAUCGGGUCAUCGGAAACGCUGACUAUUGGAUAUUCUUCCAGCAUGUUGACGGCGUCUCCGUCCACGGCGGAGUUCUCGACGCUCAGGGAGCUGGUCUCUGGGCUUGCAAAAGUUCGGGCAAGAACUGCCCGAGUGGCGCCACGACCAUAGGGUUUCAGAGCUCAAGCAACAUCGUCGUCUCCGGACUAACGUCUCUGAACAGUCAGAUGUUCCACGUAGUCAUCAAUGGAUGCCGAAACGUAAAGAUACAAGGCACGAAAAUCUUGGCGGCCGGAAACAGCCCCAACACGGACGGAAUCCACGUCCAAUCAUCCUCCACUGUCACCAUCCUCAACUCCAAGAUCGCCACGGGCGACGAUUGCGUGUCCAUCGGCCCCGGUUCCAACGGCCUAUGGAUCGAAAACAUUGCAUGUGGACCCGGCCACGGAAUUAGCAUUGGGAGCUUGGGGAAGGACGAGGUGGAGGAAGGGGUACAAAACGUGACUGUGAAAACGGCAACGUUUAUGGGAACGGAGAACGGGGUGAGGAUAAAGUCAUGGGCUAGGCCUAGUACCGGAUUCGCCAGUAACGUCCGUUUCAUGCAUUGUGUUAUGAACAACGUUCAAAACCCCAUCGUCAUCGAUCAAAACUACUGCCCUCGCAACGAGAAUUGCCCCAGCCAGGCUUCCGGGGUGAAAAUCAGCGACGUGACGUUUAUGGAUAUACAUGGAACAUCGACGACAGAGGUGGGUGUAAAACUUGAUUGUAGCCCUAAGAAGCCGUGUACGGGCAUCCAGCUUCAAGACGUGAAGCUAACGUACCGGAACAAACCGGCCGUAGCAUCUUGCAGUCAUGCUGGCGGGACUGAGGCCGGUUUUCUCCAACCAGACAGUUGCCUUUGAUGUUCCAUAACAUGUUUUUUUAGUAGUACAAAUCAAAGAAGUAAAUGUAAUGUAUGGGAAUUUGGGAGAUUUUCAAAGGUUGUAAAUAACUCCGGAACAGAUGGGGGAGAGGGCAUGCAAGAGCCUGUGGCGGUUAUAGGCCCAAUGGGCCUUGAGCCUGGUCUUGCAUUUAGUUUGAGCAGCCCGAUAUAGAGCAACCCUAGGUGUGUUCUUGGUUAUUAAGAUUUUAUUAGUAAUUAUCUCCCUUUUUUUUACAUUUU